UUGAGCGUAAAAUUUGCAAGCAGGGGAGAAUUGUUGAUGUGACGAUAACUACAGAAGAAAACAAUUAACAUUUGCACCAAUUACUAUUCUUGGACUAAAAGCUAAAAAUGUCUGAAGCUAUUUAUGACGACGUGAUCAGAAAUGAGUCUGAUAGAUUGGAGAUGACGGUGGCUAUCUACGAGAGUGCAGAUCGUGUGAGACAUCACGACUUCAGGACAGAAACAAACACACACCACCCACUACAGACUACAGAAAGUGACUGUGUGAAGAUCAGAAGCUCCAGAGUGUCUGUAGUGUGUUUGGUUGUGCUGUGUGUUCUUCUGCUGACUGCGGUCAUAGCGCUGUGUGUCUACAUCCAUACAAACAACACAAACUACACACAAGAGAGGGAUGAGCUACUGACCAACAUCACCAACCUCACAGAAGAGCGAGACCGGAUAUUAAGUGGAUGGUUUUACUUUAAAUCUAGCUGUUACUACACUUCCUCUCAGUACAAAAACUGUACUGAGAGCAGAAGAUACUGUACAGAGAGAGGAGCAGAUCUGAUCAUCAUAAACAGCAGAGAGGAAGAAAAGUUUGUAAUGAAAAAGUCUGCCAUUACUGAAGCCUGGAUUGGUCUGACUGACAGUGAUGUGGAGGGCACAUGGAAAUGGGUUGACGGCAGCACACUGACCUCUGGCUACUGGAUUUCUGGAGAGCCCAAUGGAGAAAGAGCAGAGAACUGUGUGGUGACUUGUUCAUCAAGUCUGUAUCAUGAUCCAUUUCCAGUCUCUGUCUGUGGUGUGUGCUCCAGGUUCUCCGUGUCCAGAUUCAAGCUCCUGUCAAGACAGAAAGUCAAGUCACUGCCAUUUCCAACCAAAGCUUCCAAGAGAUACGUCACUAACCUGCUAUCGUUCACCAUCAUUCUGCCAUAUCUCAGCUGUCACAAAUUAAUAUUGCUGGCUUAUAAAAGAGCAGAAAUGUCUGAAGCUAUUUAUGACGACGUGAUCAGAAAUGAGUCUGAUAGAUUGGAGAUGACGGUGGCUAUCUACGAGAGUGCAGAUCGUGUGAGACAUCACGACUUCAGGACAGAAACAAACACACACCACCCACCACAGAGUACAGAAAGUGACUGUGUGAAGAUCAGAAGCUCCAGAGUGUCUGUAGUGUGUUUGGUUGUGCUGUGUGUUCUUCUGCUGACUGCGGUCAUAGCGCUGUGUGUCUACAUCCAUACAAACAACACAAACUACACACAAGAGAGGGAUGAGCUACUGACCAACAUCACCAACCUCACAGAAGAGAGAAACCAGCUACUAAUUAACAACAGCCACCGUAUUCUGUUAAGCAAACAGUUGAAUGAAAUGUGUUUUAAUGGAAUGGAUGGAUGGUUAUACUAUAAUUUUAGCUUUUACUUCAUUUCCUCUGAUGCGAAGAACUGGACUGAGAGCAGAAGAUACUGCACUGAGAAAGGAGCAGAUCUGAUCAUCAUAAACAACAGAGAGGAACAAAAUGCUGUUCAGAAAAUGGCAGAUGAUUCUAAACUCUGGAUUGGUCUGACUGACAGUGAUGUGGAGGACACAUGGAAAUGGGUUGAUGGCAGCACACUGACCUCUGGGUUCUGGAGGUCUGGAGAGCCCAAUGGAAAAACAAAGGAGAAUUGUGCUGUAUCUUUUCAAUCAUGGUUGCUUGACUAUCCAUGUAAAAGUCCUUUUAAAUGGAUCUGUGAAAAAAACAUUUUGAAAUAAUUUUUUUUUCUUUAAUGUGAUGCUUAUUUACUUAAAGACCAGGACCAUCAUUUUUUGACUAGUUAGUCAUUAUAUUAUAAAUUAGUUUUUACUAUUAAAGCUUUCAAUUGGUUAACUCACACAUUUGUAAUACUUGUCAUCUCUCGGUCACGUUCAUCUGAUGGCUGCGUUCACACAGCAGCAGAAUACUAACCAUACUAAACACUGUUCUGUUCACACAAAGCUCAGCCUAGAUAUAUUAAAAACAUACCACAUAUAAACAGAUAUUUGAUGCGAUUGUACACAUAUUGCAAUAAAGUGCAAGUUGGCAAGUAUAUGAUGCCUGAUAUCAAAUCCAAUUAUGUCCAAAUUUGGAAAGGUCUUGUGGUAACAGCGAAAAAAAUAAAAAUAAAAAUGUAGCCUACAGUAGCAAUGGUUAGCAACCACACAUACAAUAUGCAUGCAGUAAAUCAAACUUGAUGAUCAAAUGCACAUGAAAUACACAAUUUGUCUUAUAUAUUCAUUGUCUAAGUUUUCAGUGAAAUGUGAAGUAAAAUAUAACGUUCAUGGGUGAAUUUUUUCAAGGACCCAAAUAUUUAGCCACAAUACAGUGUUGAAGAGUGACGGCUGUUUCAGUAUUACAUCCUUUUAGACUUUGAGAUUUGACCUGGGAUCAGUUCUGUUUUUGUGUUAUUAUUCUAACUGAUUAAAACAGAGAGCGGCUAAACUUGUAAAGAGAACUACACAAGAAUUAUUAAAUAACUUCUAAAUAACUAAUUAAUAACUAAAGUUAUUCAUACUAUCACAGCUAGUGUCUGACUGUAACUGAGCAGAAAUGUUAUUUAUGCUGAUGUGAUCAGGACUAAGACUGAUGGGGUGAAGAGAUAGAGGUUGGAGAUGAUGGUGGAAAUCUACGAGAGUGCAGGUCAUGUGAGAGAUUGUGACCUCAGGACGGAGAGACAAAUACACACCAACCACUUUAGUGUACAGAAGAGCUGGGCUGAGAGCAAAAGAUACUGUACUGAGAGAGAAGCAGAUCUGAUCAUCAUAAACAACAGAGAAACAAAAUGUCUGAUCGUGCUGCAGUCUGGAUUGGUGUGACUGACAGUGAUGUGGAGGGCCGCUGGAAAUGGGUUGACUGCAACAGACUGACCUCUGGACUCUGCUCGGUGGCUUCAUCCCUGAGACCUUUGUAGGACACCGCAUGUUUGGAACCGCAUUGAAAGAUGCACAAUAAGAGGCCCAAGGGAUUGCUCGGCGUCGCACCAUCUGUGAAAAUAAACAGGGCGCACGGUUUUGUGAGAAUGAACUUGUGACUGGUGAUAUUGAUGCUGUUGUAAUUGAAUCAGUGUGGGACUUCCCACAAAGGACUCUUCUUCAUGUCCAUCAAUGGCAUUGUUAAACGAUCCGCAUACUCAGUGAUCUGAUUCUGACACCGCUUUCCAUUCAGACCGUCUCAAGGACUGUAAGUUCAGCUGAAAGUUUGUGUCAUUGCCACAAUGUAGGGUAAACAGAGGCAGUGAUAGCGAGGGAGACAGACAGAGCGAGAAAAGUCUUGGCGUUUCCGUACACUCAGUUUGAGAUGAUGACCCUCCGGCAUGGAGGGCAUUGAGCACAGAUGGUUCUUCUCUUUGGCUGGCUAUCCGUCCCGAGGACGGCCGCAGGUCGGGUCCGGUGGUGGCGGGGCCCAUAUGGCUGUGAGGGCACCCCGCUCUGCCUCUCUCUCUCGCCCUCUCCAUGCCCUCGACGCCACCUUCCACCUUAUGGAGAUUUUCCUCACCAGCCCUGGCACAUGGAUCAACAACCUUACGCUAUGUUUCUCUCUGUAUUUCCGUCUUGGAUAAAAAAGAAAUGCUAUUCUAGCACUGAAGUAAAUUAUGUACAACAAGCAGGUUGUGCUUUAAGUUAGGAGUGUGCGAUAUUGACUAAAAAAAAUAUUUCUGGUAUUUUAUGAAUAAACGAUAAUUAAAUGAUAUUUUGCUGAGCGUGUUCAUGUGCCGGCAAA